AUGGACUCGUUUGAUGAGGGCAUAGAGACGGCUUCUACUACGCCGCCACCCUCCGAGCCGUCGACUAUUUCAGCCUCGAUGACAUAUGCAACCAUAAAAUUUCCGGACUACGAUGUUUGGACGGCUGAUAAAUUCAGGCGAUUCCCUGGGUUUACGAUAGGCCACGACCCUUCUCGAGAGCGGACAUGGUGGUGGCAUUUCGGAUUCAGAAUGAAGGGUAAUAGGCCACGGACUCGCAAGAUAGUAUGGGUCUGCGAGAGAUGCUUCCUCCGGAACAAACCGAGGACCACGGAUUAUGUAUUCAUUGCUUCGACAGGCGGAGGUAUUGUCCGACAUCUGAGAAAGGAGCACGACAUCGUGGUUUGUAUUAUCCCUCCCCAUCCCGUGCCCAUGUCAUUGGACGAAAGGGCUGCUAACAUAUCAGCCACCCUCACAACACGCAAGACCCGUGGCCGGAAGUGGAGGUACAGAUCGGAACAUACUCGAUAUGCUUCGCGCCGAUCCAACGAAUCCUAG